AUGGUUCCCAAAGGCGAGCAGACGACCGCCGUACUUGGCCUGGAGAGGACGAAUACGGGCAUGACCACAGGUUCGAGCGAUAGUGGUACGGCAGCACCGCAGCCCAGUGUGCACGGCGACGAGGAUGGAUCUAGAGAGGAGGAGGAGGAGGAGGAGGAGGAUCAAGACGCUGCCUUUGAGGUCGACGAUUUGGCAGACUCGAAGCCGAAGAAGAGGAGGAAGGUCAUUAAGAACAGUGACAAGAAGUACCAAUGCCCGCACUCGGAUUGCGGGAAAUCAUAUUCGCGGGCGGAACAUCUGUAUAGGCACCAACUGAACCACACUCCGAAACAAAUCUAUCGUUGCGACUUUCCAGGGUGCGAGCGACACUUCGUGCGUGCCGACCUGUGCGCUCGACACAAAGAGCGCCACACUGCCAAAGGCUCUCACCUUCAACGGAAGGAUGCAUUCCUAAACAGCCAGCGCGUGACCGCGAAUACCUCUCGUGCAACCUCACCUACCUCAGGCAACGUCACCAUGAACGUCUCGCCGGUCACUAUGCAACAUGCAGUGCACUCCGCGCCUGCCUACGCGGAAACGACCAUGUCGACCAUCGCUCCUUCCCACCCACCGGAAGCAGUGCACGCGUCUUAUGCUCCUCACGUGGCCAAUAACGCGACGAACAUGCAUAGCGCAAAUGGUCCUCCGAUCGACCCUCAGAUGACGGCCAACAACAUGUAUCACACCUACCCGGCGAUGGGGGACGGUGGCCGUGUCCAGCCGCCAUACGGUCCUCCUGCCUCACCACCUCGUGCAAGACGCUUCAGCUUCGACGGCAGUUAUACUCGUCCCACCACUGUCACGCCAGUGUACAAUGUCCAUCAUCCGAACACGAUGACAUCCAUGCAGCCUCCACCGCUGUCUUCACCGCCCACAGCGACGCCCAUAUUUGCGCAACAGCCCUAUCCGUCACCAUCUGCGACUGCGCAUCAAUUACGUUCGCCUACCAAUUACUCGAAUCUGCCAUCGCUGCCUCCGUUUGGGUUCCCUCAGGUGUAUUCGCCCGCAGGCAAUGCCAGGUCAGCUAGCAUGAUGUCUCCUCCAAGCAUCAGCUCGGCUGACCAACAUCCUGUUCCCAACAGCCGAACAAACAGCAUUAUGGACUUCCAGUUCAAUGCCAUUGAGCAGUUAGCAACGGGCUAUGCUAUGCCUGUCUUCAACACCGACGGCUUCAACCGAUCACCUCCAACCGUAUUCGACGAUGCUUACCUCAAUAUUUUGUUCGGUAGUAACGACCUACAAGCUCUGCAGCCUUCUCCGCCCGGACCGAUGCCGAUGCACAACCCUGCAGUCUUCAACGCGCCCUUGCCAAAGCUUGAGCCCGACGGCACACCUAGAGAGCAAUCUCUGCCAGGCGAACCACUCAGCGCAGUGCCCUCCACCAAUGGUCUUGAUAUCCAGAUGCGCGAGUGUGACAUCAGUGAGAAGAAUAGACAACGAUUGGUCGAUCUCAUCAAUAGCUGGCCUGAUGUUGAGCAGAAUCCUGAAAGAAGAACCAAAGGUGACAUCCUUAUGGGCGAUUCGAGUGAUCCUCACCAUGUGAUGAGCCUGCAUAUGCUCAAGACAUAUCUGUCCAGCUACUGGAUGCACAUACACCAGCAAAUGCCUAUCCUGCAUAGGCCUACCUUCAAUCCUGAAACUUGCCCAGAUCUGCUUCUGCUGGCUAUGUUUUGUCUAGGGGCUACGUGUCUGGAGCGAACCCAUCCUGGUGAAACAACGGUCAACAGCGCCGAGCUCUCGUUCUUCAUUGCGUACCAUGUACGAUGGGAAGUCUUCAAGGAUGCCGAGUUUCGACCCACCGCAAAGCUGUGGACGUUUCAGACGUUGCUACUGCUCGAGCUGUUCGAGAAGAUGUUCAGCACAAAGGCAUUGCAUGAAAGAGCACACAUACACCACGCUACGACACUUGUGGUGAUGCGUCGGGGCUCGUCACUGAUUGGCAGAAACGCCACAGAGACACCGCAGAAUGGCGAGGACCCGACACGAACACCACCAGGACCUGACGGGACCAUCAACACAAGUGGGCAGAACACGCCAGAUGCAUUCUGGAACAGGUGGAUCACAGCUGAGGCCACACGACGAGUUGCCUUUGCGGCCUUCAUUAUCGACUCGACCCAUGCCACCCUGUUCGGUCAUGCCGCUGUCAUGUCACCGCAUGAUCUAAGACUCCCACUACCAUGCGAUGAGGCUCUGUGGGCAGCAACAAGUAGUGCUGAGGUCCAGAGAGUUGAGGCAAGCCUGGCAGCCAAUGGCUUCAAGCCCACCUCGUUUAUUGACGGCAUCAAGCGCACGUUGAACGGGCAGAAGGUUCGCACCAACACGUUCGGGCGAGUCGUGCUUAUGGCCGGGCUUCUCAACGUGAGCUGGCAUAUGAACCAGCGUGAUCUUCAAGUCUCCUCACUCGGCGCAGCUGGGACACUGGGUAGCUCGAUCAAAUGGCGCAGCCCGCUCACUCGCGCAUUCGACUUCUGGCGCCGCGACUUCGAUGACAGUCUUUCGAAGAACGAACACUGGCUGCAAGUCUGCAACCCAAAAGCGACCGACCGUAGCAGUAUCGAUCACCGCGACAACGUCUUCGAGUCCCGCACGUGUCUACACAGCCUCGCACACAUGGCUAUGCACGUUGACAUUGUCGAUUGCCUCGUGUUCGCUGGUUCAGAAAGGGUUUUAGGCCGCACGGUGACGGACGCGGAUCGCGCAGUGGUACAACGACGGAUGCGCGAGCAAUGGGCGCCGAGCGCUCGGGCUCGAGACGCCACGUUCUACGCGUUGCGCUUCCUGUGCGAGGUGUUGAUCCCAGAAGAAGAAUUGGCAGCCAAGCGAGCGAAUACUCCUCAAGUACCCACUUUCACAUACAGUGCGCGGGACGACUAUCUACUCAACCGACCAUGGAUCUUGUACUUUGCCUUACUCAUCGUGUGGUCGUAUGGGUACGCUCUAGAUGGUCCCAUCCGGCCGUCCAACUACACCUUGACCACCCGCGAACUGCAGAUUUACGAUAUGCAGCGUUACCUUGUCCGCACGGGUGGCGUAGCAAGUCCAGACGAUCUCGAGAAGCUGAAGGAUAGGAACUCGUGCCUAGGACUGAUGCUGCUAUUGCGCGAGAGCUUCAAGCAGCCAAGGUGGGAGUUAUUGCACGAAGCGUUUGAUGUGUUGGGAUCUUGUGUCGAUUUACUACUACCCGGGCAUUGCGAGCGGGAGAUGAGCGUCAAGCAUAUUCAAGGAGUUUAA